AUGCCCAAAAACGUCAAAACCACCAGCUCCCAAGCAAUGACAAAGUCAACACCUACCAAGGGCUCUGAAUCCUUUCAUGCGGAUCAAAUAACCCUCUCGACCUUUCAAAAGUUACUCAAAUGCUACCCAGCCGCAGUGAAACACGUGCAUCACCACAAACUCCUACGGAAGUUCCAGCCUAAAAAGAAGGGCUCACGAAGCGCAAAGAACAUAGAUGAUGCAGAUCUUAUUCAAGAAGCGGAUCUAAGUCCUUCAACCCAGUCAGACAUACAAUCUGGACUGAUAAAAUUCCUCAAGCUCGAUGCGUGGCGGUAUGAGGAGAUGCCAGCACUUAUUGCUACGCGACGGGGUACGAGCAAGAAUGAUAUAAUGAGUAAAGACGAACUUACCAGCGUGAUGGAAUGGAAAACAACCCACGGCCAUUCUCGUCCCAUGCUUAUGGGCAUGAUUAAAUCCAAUCAAGACAAACUAGUACAAACCUGUAUAUCAGCUGCUAACACUGCUCUUCCUACGGCAGAUACAGAGGCGAGCGAGGCAUUUCCUCAAAAAAGCUUCGAUGCACUCCAGCCUCUUCGUGGUGUUGGCCCAGCUACUGCAUCUUUGAUUCUAUCUAUAAUGACAGGAUCGAGUGGAUUGGCUCUACAGGUUCCUUUUUACAGUGAUGAGGUGUAUUUUUGGCUCGCUUUGAAUGAUUAUCCGGAUAUGCAACCUGGGACGAAGCGGGUGAAGGAAGACUUGAAAGUGAAGUAUAAUUUGAAUGAAUACAAGGAACUAUGGAGUGCGAGUGUGGAAUUGAGUCAGAGACUUAAUCUGGAAUGCAAGCGUGUUGCUGAAGAUGGAGAUGGGGAAGUUGGUAUAUCUGCAUGCGGAUCUGUUUCUCAGAUUGAUAUUGAGAAAGUCGCAUACGUGCUACGCAAUAUUGAGAUAUCGGGGUAUUUCGAUGGUCAGGAUACAUCGGUUCUUCCCUCUGGAGAUACGGCGCGGGCAGAAAAGGAAGAGGAGCAUGAAGAAGGGAUUGAGAAUUCGAGGAAACGAAAGGGCGAGGAUGAAAACAAGCAGAAUACGAGGAAGAAGAGGGGUUAA